AUGAUUUCCUGUGUGCUCAAUAUGCUGGUGCCCAUGAAGGCAACGUUAGCCUCGUCUCCUCUGUCUGUGAAGGUUGCAAUACUCGUGGGUUAUCUAACGCUAUCUCGCCUAGCUAUGCAUCUACUGGUGUCACUCUACACGUUUUUCUUACGUCCGGCAAAGAACCUCAAGAGCUUUGGCCAAUGGGGCAUAAUCACGGGCGCCACGGACGGCGUUGGCAAGGCACUGGCAAUGGAGCUAGCGCGCAAGGGAAUGAAUGUGGUACUCAUGAGUCGUACGCAGAGCCGCCUGGAGGACGUGCGUGCCGAGAUCAUAGCCAAAUAUCCUAAGGUGCAGGUAGAGAUCUUAGCCGUUGACUUCAACCGUGUGGACGAGCCGAGCGUGCGUGAGGCGCUGCGGAAGACGCUUGAACAAAUCAAGGACAUUGGUGUACUUUAUAACAACGUCGGCAUUUCGUACGACUUCCCCGAAUACUUUGACAAGCUUCCAGAGGACCGUGUGGACAGACUCAUUAAGCUCAAUGUAACCGCGACCACUAUCAUGUCCAACCUGAUAUUGCCAGGCAUGACGCAACGCAAGCGUGGCGUAAUUGUCAACAUCAGCUCCGGCUCGUGCCGCAUAGUUGUACCACUGCUUAGCGAGUACAGCGCUACCAAAAAGUACAUUGAGCAGCUUACAUUGUGCCUAGCAGCCGAGUACAGCGCCAAAAAUGUGUACAUCCAGUGCCAUGUACCCAUGUUCGUGUCAACCAAGCUGGCCAAGAUCCGCAACUCAAGCUUUAUGGUGCCGUCGCCUGCGACGUUUGCUCGCGCGUCGGUAGCCCACCUGGGCCACAACACGCUCGUCUCGCCCUACUGGCCGCAUGCUCUCCAGAUUUGGCUGUACGAGAGACUACCUGCGUGGCUACAAAGCAAGGUCGCCAUGACGACCCACCUGUCGCUACGCAAGCGCGCGCUAAAGAAGCUUGAGGCUAAGAAGAAUGAGUAG